AGAUUUAGUUCUGGGCAUUGGGCUCUUCUUUUAUGUUCCCCAAGCUCCCCUGGUUGCCACUUCUUCCUCACCUAGCUUUCCAGAGUCAGAUCAGACUCAUACCCCCAGAAGCAGGAGUGUCACUGAGCUUUCUGCUUCGGCGAUCCUAAAAUAAUACAAGGGGAGGGAAGAUGUUGUUAGGGAAGAGACCUCGUCCUCCAAUGAAGAGGACCACAAGCACGUCAGAAAUCGGCUUGGAUCUCAGCACCACCACCGAUCCUAAGCGGCAGAUUGCAGGCGGGUUCAGUAAUGGGCCCGAUCAGAGGACGAUGGCCGCCGCCACUACUCUGUCGCCAACAACCCAUAGAAGGCACUCGACCGACUUCACUGACACUCCUGACUUUUUGCGCUCUUGCUCUUUCUGUAAACGUCCCUUGGUACCCACCUGUGACAUCUACAUGUACAGGGGGGAUAGCGCUUUCUGCAGCGUAGAAUGCCGUCAACAGGCGAUGAAUCGGGAUGAGAGGAAGGAGAAGUGCUCGCUGACAUCAAAGAAAAAGACUGUGGCUCAUCAUUCUGCUGGAUCCAAAGUCGCCUCUAAUGGCGAAACCGUGGGCGCCUUGUAAAAUCUCUCAGCGCCCCAUCCAUCAUGUACUCGCCACCUAGCUGUGCCCUCUUCUGCCUUAUUAGAAUUUGUUCAUACACCUCUUUCUACCUUAUUUUAUUUUCCUUCCCGUAAUUUUUGUUCUCAUGCUCCGUAGGGGGAUUGGGAGUUGGUCAUCUUCUUGCUCGCUAGUCUACAUCUGGCGUAGUUUUCCCCCCGUUUUCCUUUAUUUUUAUUUUUUGGGAAACAAUUUGCAGCUCUCAUAAGAUUUUGUUACGUCUUUUAGUUGACAAGAAAUUAGGAAAAGGAAAAACCGAGGCUUAUAAUUCCUCUCUUGUUGUAUUUCUUUUUGGAUUCGCGUCAGGUAUGAUAACUCUGGAUCGAUUAUAGUGUGAUGCUCUGUGUUUUCUGAAGAAGUUACUGUUAGUUCAGUGAAAA